AUGGACGGGGGUGGUGAACUGGGGAUCACCAAGAAAGAGGCGGAGGCCGAGUACCAUUGCCACGACUUCGAGUGGGAGGACCUCCGGGCGGAUGUGGAAGCCAACCCUUCCUUCUCCUACCACCUGUCCCCUUUCCCCACGACCACCGCCUCACCGCAGCCACCGUCAUCGGAGGCCUGGAGAAGCUUCCACCGCCGCCACGCCUCCGGCAGGUUCUUCAAGGAAAGAAGGUAUUUGCUGAAGGAAUUUCCUGAACUGCUUAACAGCAAAGGAUGUGCAAAGGUUUUAGAGGUUGGGUGUGGGAAUGGAAGCACUGUUGUCCCCAUUCUACGAUGUAGUCCAAGCAUCACUGUCUAUGCUUGUGAUUGUAGUGAAGACACUCUAGAGAAAGCAAAUGAGAUUGUGUGUAAUACACAGGGGGUAGAUGCCAAGGAUAGGUUCCACCCUUUUUUGCUGGAUGUUUCUAGAGAAAAUUUUCCAGGUUGGUUGUUCUGCAAAUGUUGUCAAAGUUCAGAUGGAAAGGUUGUUGAUCUCUCACCAGAUUCAAUUCAUCUUUAUGUAAGGGGGAAAAACUCAAUCUCGCUGAAAGAAGAUCAGUGUUGUGUUGGCGGCAUAGAUUUUAUCACCAUGAUAUUUACGUUGUCAGCCAUACCCUUCAACACAAUUUCAGCUACUCUAGAGCGUUGUGUGUCUGUUCUAAAACCAGGCGGCCUUAUUUUGUUCAGGGAUUAUGGCGUUUAUGACAUGACAAUGCUUCGAUUCUUGCCUCACCAAAGAGUGGGAUUUCGGGAAUAUAUGCGUGCUGAUGGCACCUAUUCGUAUUUCUUCUCGUUGGACACUGUAAGAGAACUCUUUCAUGCUGCUGGGCUACUAGAGGGACUGGCUAUUGAAAUAAACCAUUAUCACAAGGAAUAUAUUAAGUUCCUAUCUGUCCCUAUAUACCACCACAGUAGGUCCAGGGUCACCCUGAUCAGGCUUUUAGCAUCUGAGCUAUCCCUUUACACCCUCUGUGUUCCUUAA